AGGUAAUCGUUAUUGUCUCACCUCCAUUGCUCAAUAACCUUGAUCAUCGCUGGCGCUGACUUACUUUCGUUAUUGCUCUCCAUAGUCGCUCAUUAAUUCGACCAGCUCCGUCUAACAUGGCUCAACCAGCCCAACGGCUCCAACAGCCCACCAAUCCUUUUCCAAACCCCUACGGCCAGCAAAAUUUCUACCAACAACAACAGCCUAUUCGACAAGACUAUGACAAUGAAUCAGAGAUCGGCACUCCUUACGCUAGCACUACUCGUCUUGAAGCUAACCAGCAAUAUUAUGAUUCCAACCCAUUCUCCGGUCCCGACUCUGCUUCUGAUGCUGGUCACGGCAAUCGCUCUUACGCACCAUCCAUUAACUCACAGGCUAGCCACUCCCCCUUCGCAGACUCAGCUUCACAUCCAUAUCCUGCCUGGUCUCCCGACCGCCAGAUACCUAUUUCCAUGGAAGAAAUAGAGGACAUUUUCUUAGACCUCACGCAAAAAUUUGGUUUUCAACGCGAUUCCAUGCGAAACAUGUUUGAUUUUUUGAUGCACUCACUCGACUCCCGCGCCUCCCGCAUGAGUCCAAACCAAGCUCUGUUAACCCUUCACGCCGAUUAUAUCGGUGGACAGCAUGCAAAUUAUCGCAAGUGGUACUUUGCCGCCCAGCUCAACCUUGAUGACGCUGUUGGACAAACUCAGAACCCUGGCUUGCAGCGCCUUAGAAGUGUUCGAGGCGGCGCAGUCAAAACAGCAGGCUCGAAACACUUGGACAGUGCACUGAAUCGCUGGCGUAACGCGAUGAAUAACAUGAGUCAGUACGACAGGCUCCGUCAGAUAGCACUUUACCUCCUUUGUUGGGGCGAGGCGGGCAAUGUGCGCUUUGUACCAGAGUGUCUCUGCUUCAUCUUUAAGUGCGCAGAUGAUUACUACCGCAGUCCCGAGUGCCAGAAUAGCGUGGAGCCCGUACAGGAGGGUCUCUACUUGCAGACAAUCAUCAAGCCACUAUACACGUUUAUGCGUGACCAGGGUUAUGAAGUUGUGGAUGGAAAGUUCGUGAGGAGGGAGAGAGACCAUAACCAGAUCAUUGGAUAUGACGACAUUAACCAGCUUUUCUGGUAUCCUGAGGGACUCGCGCGGAUUGUCCUUGAAAACAAUACUCGCCUUGUGGACAUCUCACCCGCCAAACGCUAUACCAACCUGCGGCGCGUGGACUGGAGCAAAGUCUUCUUCAAGACCUACUUUGAGAAGCGUUCCACUGCGCAUCUACUUGUCAACUUCAACCGCGUCUGGAUUCUCCACAUUGCAAUAUACUGGUUCUACACCGCAUUUAACUCCCCCAAGGUUUACGCGCCCGCGAAUACGCAGUACCCUUCCCCAGCGAUGACCUGGUCCGCGACCGCCCUUGGAGGCGCAGUUGCCACGCUGAUCAUGCUGUUCGCCACGAUCGCCGAGUUCAUGUAUAUCCCCACAACAUGGAAUAAUGCCUCCCAUCUCACAACCCGAUUCAUAUUCCUUCUUGUCAUUCUGGCACUCACUGGCGGUCCGACGGUGUACAUCGCAUAUGUCGAGAGCCGGACAAACCCCACAACCUCGCAGAUUCCUCUUAUCGUCGGCAUUGUGCAGUUCUUCAUCUCUGUCGUUGCGACCAUUGUGUUCGGAUUGUUCCCCUCCGGGCGCAUGUUUGGCGACCGGGUUGCUGGCAAGUCACGCAAGUACAUGGCUUCGCAGACAUUCACUGCAUCUUACCCGGAACUUACGCGCUCUGCACGCACUGCGAGCAUCAUGCUCUGGCUUCUUGUCUUCGGAUGCAAAUUUGCAGAGUCGUACUUUUUCCUCACCAGUUCCUUCAGCUCGCCAAUCGCAGUCAUGGCGCGGACUACUGUGCAGGGAUGCAAUGAUAAGUUCUUCGGCAAUGCCCUCUGCUCGAACCAGGUCCCCUUCACGUUGACUAUCAUGUAUAUCAUGGACUUGAUCUUGUUCUUCCUUGACACGUACCUGUGGUACAUCAUCUGGGUCGUCGUCUUCUCCGUUGGUCGCUCUUUCUCGCUUGGCCUGUCGAUCUGGACGCCUUGGAAAGAUGUGUAUUCCCGCCUUCCCAAGCGCAUCUACGCCAAACUCCUUGCCACUGCUGAGAUGGAGGUCAAAUACAAACCCAAGGUCCUCGUCUCGCAAAUCUGGAACGCAAUCAUCAUCUCUAUGUAUCGUGAACACCUUCUUGGUAUCGACCAUGUCCAGCGGUUGCUGUACCACCAAGUUGACAGCCCUGACGGUCGCCGAACGCUCAACCCUCCUCCGUUUUUCCUGAACCAAAAAGGUGGAAACUACAAAGACACGUUCUUCCCUGCCAAUGGUGAGGCUGAGCGCAGGAUUUCAUUCUUCGCUAGCUCCCUCACCACCGCUCUGCCCGAGCCUCUCCCCGUCGAUGCAAUGCCCACGUUCACGGUCCUUGUUCCGCACUACUCUGAGAAGAUUCUACUCAGCUUGCGCGAAAUCAUCCGCGAAGAGGACCAGAACACCCGUGUGACGUUGCUUGAGUACUUGAAGCAGCUCCACUCCGUUGAAUGGGACAAUUUCGUGAAGGACACAAAGAUUCUUGCGGGGGAGAGCGAGGAUGGGACGAGUUCGAUCAAUGAAAAGCAUACGAGCAACAAAGCGGAUGACCUGCCGUUCUAUUGCAUCGGCUUCAAGACAUCGAGCCCGGAGUAUACCCUCCGCACACGUAUCUGGGCCUCGUUGCGCGCGCAGACGCUGUACCGUACCGUCUCAGGCAUGAUGAACUACUCCAAGGCGAUCAAGCUUCUCUACCGCGUCGAGAAUCCCGCCAUCGUGUCCAUGUUCGGAGGCAACACGGAGAAGCUCGAACGGGAGUUGGAGAGGAUGGCAAGGCGCAAGUUCAAGUUCGCCAUCUCCAUGCAGCGGUUCUCGAAGUUCAACAAGGAGGAGCAGGAGAACGCCGAGUUUUUACUGCGCGCGUAUCCGGAUCUGCAGAUUGCGUACCUUGAUGAAGAGCCUGGGUCAAAGGGCAGCGAACCUCGGUUGUUUUCGACACUGAUUGAUGGUCACUCGGAGAUUGACGAGGUCACUGGUAAACGGAAGCCAAAGUUCCGCAUUGAGCUGCCUGGAAAUCCUAUUCUUGGUGAUGGGAAGUCAGAUAACCAGAACCAUGCCAUCAUUUUCUACCGCGGUGAAUACCUUCAGCUCAUCGAUGCCAACCAGGACAACUACCUUGAAGAAUGUCUGAAGAUUCGGAACAUCCUUGGAGAGUUUGAGGAGUACUCCAUCUCAAGCCAGAGUCCGUAUGCGCAAUGGGGCCACAAGGAGUUCAAGAAGUCCCCCGUCGCUAUCGUCGGCACGCGCGAGUACAUAUUCUCGGAGAACAUUGGUAUCUUGGGUGACAUUGCUGCGGGGAAGGAACAAACAUUCGGAACGAUGACAGCUCGUGCACUCGCGUGGAUUGGGGGCAAGCUGCACUAUGGACAUCCUGAUUUCCUCAACGCCCUUUUCAUGACGACGCGCGGUGGAGUUUCGAAGGCGCAGAAGGGUUUACAUCUCAACGAGGAUAUCUUUGCCGGUAUGAAUGCUUUUGGGCGUGGUGGUCGUAUCAAGCACUCGGAGUACUACCAGUGUGGAAAGGGCCGUGAUCUUGGGUUCGGCACGAUUCUCAACUUCCAGACCAAGAUCGGUACCGGUAUGGGUGAGCAAAUGCUCAGUCGGGAGUACUACUAUCUUGGGACGCAGCUGCCUAUUGAUCGAUUCUUGACCUUCUACUAUGGACAUCCCGGUUUCCACAUCAACAACAUUCUGGUCAUCUACUCGAUUCAGGUGUUCAUGGUCACUCUGCUCUACAUCGGCACCCUGAACAAGCAACUCGCUAUCUGUCAAGUCGAUUCACAGGGAAAUGUGCUCGGUGGUCAGCAGGCUUCUGGGUGCUACAAUCUCAUUCCCGUCUUCGACUGGAUCAGGCGUUGCAUCGUCUCCAUUUUCUUGGUGUUCUUCGUAGCUUUCUUGCCUCUGUUCCUGCAAGAACUGGUUGAGCGAGGAACUGGCAAAGCCCUCCUGCGUCUCGGAAAGCACUUCCUGUCAUUGUCUCCCAUCUUUGAGGUUUUCUCGACUCAGAUAUACUCUCAAGCUAUUUUGAGCAACUUGACAUUCGGUGGAGCUCGCUAUAUCGCAACUGGUCGUGGUUUCGCGACGACUCGAAUAUCCUUCAGCAUUCUGUAUUCCCGCUUUGCAGGGCCGAGUAUCUACAUGGGCAUGAGGAAUUUGCUUAUCCUCCUCUAUGUUUCGCUGGCGAUUUGGAUACCCUAUCUCAUCUACUUCUGGUUCUCCGUGCUCUCGCUGUGCAUCGCUCCCUUCGUCUUUAAUCCCCACCAGUUCUCAUUUUCCGAUUUCAUCAUCGACUAUCGCGAGUUCCUGCGUUGGAUGUCACGAGGUAACUCGAGGACAAAAGCGAGCAGUUGGUAUGGAUACUGCCGUCUUUCUAGGACUAUGAUCACCGGGUACAAGAAGAAGAAGCUCGGUCAUCCUUCAGAAAAGUUGUCAGGAGACCUCCCUCGUGCUCCAUGGCGAGCUGUUGUCUUCUCAGAAGUCAUUUGGCCUAUCUGCCUUGCAUCCAUCUUCGUCAUCGCAUACAUGUUCGUCAAGUCGUUCCCUAACCAAAAUGGCGAGCAGAAUCCCAGCGCCUUGGUCCGGAUAGCUGUUGUCGCGAUUGGUCCUAUCGUCUGGAAUGCUGCUGUUCUCUUGUCGUUGUUCUUUGUAUCGUUGUUCUUGGGUCCUAUGUUCGACAAGUGGGCGAGGUUUGCUUCGGUCAUGGCUGCCAUCGCCCAUUUCUUAGCGCUGCUUGGAAUCGUCUCAUUCUUCGAGUUCUUCUGGUUCCUUGAACUUUGGGAUGCAUCCCACGCAGUACUUGGCGUCAUCACUAUCGUUGCCAUUCAGCGUGCGAUCCAGAAGAUUCUCAUCGCAGUCUUCCUUUCUCGCGAGUUCAAACACGACGAAACCAAUCGCGCAUGGUGGUCCGGUAAAUGGUACGGUCGUGGCCUCGGUAAUUCCGCUAUGUCCCAGCCUGCUCGUGAAUUCAUCGUGAAGAUCGUCGAGAUGUCGUUAUGGAGCUCAGAUUUCUUGCUCGGCCACAUUCUCCUGAUGAUCUUGACGGUGCCCGUUCUCAUACCAUUCAUCGAUAAGCUGCAUUCAACUAUGUUGUUCUGGCUUCGUCCAUCCAAACAGAUUCGAGCACCUCUUUACUCGACUAAGCAGAAGAGACAGAGACGAUGGAUUAUCAUUAAAUAUACCCUGCUUUAUAUCGUCGUCGUAUCGGGACUGGCUUCUCUCAUCGUUCUGCCUGCUAUCUUCCGAAAUGAAAUCACAUUCCACUGCACUCUCUGUCAGAAUAUCUAAUGACUAGAUCAUCGCGUCACUCUCGCAUGGACUGGCUUGGCUUGCCACUUGUAUAUCCCCUUAUAAGCUUUCGAUUUUGCUUGGUGUAUCAUAGUAGACGAUAAAUCAAGCUAAUUUGCAUGGACAUGAUCGUGCUUCUUCUCGGUCGGGGAAGGAUGUGCCUACUGCUGUGGCCAGGUGGAAGUCGCAAUGAGAUGUACCGCUACUAAUGCUAUGUACAGGAUUGACUAAGAAAUUGCGAAGUCCAAUGAGUUGUCCAAUUGAA